UGCUUCAGAGUCAUCAUGAUGCUGGAGAGGAGCAGGCUGACAGUGGUGGGAAUCUUCUUCAGCAGCAGACACGCAUCCGGGAAGGAGGAGGACAGAAUCCACUGUCUCUGCUCCAGAGCCUUCGUGCAGGAUCGGGAGCUGUACCGCUCUGAUAACAGAUGGCUCCCCUUUGACCUGGCAGACACUACAGUCCAAGAAGCAGAUGAGGAAGAGGAUGAGGAAGAGGAGGAGGAUGAGGAGGAGCUGUUGGAUGAAGAGACUCAGCUGAUGGCCAGCAUGGGUUUGCCUUUGGCGUUUGUCAGCUCCUCUGGCCAGAGGAGAGCUCGGAGGAGAGGUAACAGGAAGCCUGACACAUACUGGGCAGAACCAGCUGAACAAGAGGAGGAGGACGAAAAAGAUCUACAGGUUGACAACAAAGUUGAUGAGAAGGAAGCAUGUGACCCACUGGAGGAAGGAAUAGGAGGGAUCCAAGAUGCUGGCUGGGAAACCUACUGGGCUCAACAGGGUGAAGCUCUGCUGUGGAGCAGCUGGCUGGAGAAACAUCCAGAGGCUGAGCUGCCGUCUACAGAAGAUCCAGGAACAGUGACUGCUGUUUGGAAUGACCCAGAAACAAAUGCUGUCUGGGACAAACAUGCCGCAGAGACCUACUACUCCUAUUGGGAGCAGUACUCAUACUGGGCAGCACAGGGCUGGACCACUGACCAGUCCCUCUGUAAUGGGAACGCUGAUGGGGUGAUGGACGGAGGCAUAGAGACACUCCCAGAGGAAUGUAGAGACGGACAGACUGAAGCUGAAGUAGUGACGGCUCCACACGAUGACCUUGAGGUUUUGAAGGCUAUGUUUGGACAGAACUGCACGUUAGAAGCAGGCGGGAGCUCUGCGUCUGACUCCGAGAUCGACAGACGGUGUGUGAGGACGGCUGAUGAUGGAAAGCAAUCAAAGGGAGAGAGCUGUGGCACCGAUGAUCCUGCUGAUGGUGGGAAUGACCGCAAGAGACCUGCUGCCUCCUCACAGCAGAACACAGCUGAACAUACAGAUUCCCAGCAGGCUGCUGGCAGAACCGACAGACAGUAUGGCUCACAGAAUAAGAUGUCAAAUAGAGAAGAUGAUGACGAUGAUGACAAACCCCCAAGAGGAGGACAAGCCAAAGUCAAACGCAGUCAUGAGCUGGAUGUGGAGGAGAGCACACAUCUGACACCUGAGGAAGCUUGGAGUAAACUGGGACUCAAACACAACCCCGAGCCUCUGUUCGACAGCGUCUUAAGCUUUAAAGGCGGCGCUGGUCAGAAGCGUCAGAGGCAGUGGCGGUCUAAGAGAGCCGUCCGCAGCAUCGGCAAACACACCAGGUUCUCAGAGACGGAUGGAGACGACACACAGCCGCAGAUCAGCACCGCCCUCUACAAGGUCCAAAAGUUUCUUGAGAAGAACCGGAAAGAGACUCAGAUGACACCGUGUGAGCAGGGUGAGGUGGGAGAAGGAAGCACACAGGAGUCUGAGGACAAGCCUCCAUUUCUGGGAGAAGUGACUGGAGAAGAGGAGAGGAGGAGAAGGGAGGAGAUGAAGAGUGCUGAGGAAGGAAGUAAAGAGGCCGUGGAAGAAGAGAAUUCAAAUGCUCUAUCCAGUUUCGAUGCAGAGAGGAGGACGUGCAGUCAGCCCUUCAGCUCUGCUCCAGGGUCUGUGGAUAGGGAUAGGGAGGACGAGGAGCAGCCUGGUAGACCGUUACAAUGUCUAGAAAUUCCUCACUUUCUCCUCUCUGACGCACCUGAAGGCAACAGAGAGUUGAGCAUGAAAGACGGGAAGAAGUCAAAGAAGAACAAGAAGAGCAAGCGAGGCAGGAAGCAGCAGGUCCCAGCUGAGAUGGCAGCUGAACCGGAGCUGGCUAAAUACUGGGCUCAACGCUACAGACUCUUCUCUCGCUUCGAUGAAGGGAUCAGGCUGGACCGAGAGGGCUGGUUCUCUGUGACGCCGGAGAGGAUCGCUGAGCACAUCGCCCUCAGGGUGGAGCACAGCUUCCCCGACUCUGAGCUGGUCAUAGACGCCUUCUGUGGUGUGGGAGGAAACGCCAUCCAGUUCGCCCUCACUGGAAAGAGAGUCCUGGCCAUUGAUAUCGACCCAGUGCGGUUGGACUUGGCGCGGCACAAUGCAACGGUUUAUGGUGUCGCCGACCGAAUCGACUUCCUUCAAGGGGACUUCCUUCAGCUGGCGCCCCGUCUUCGUGGCGAUGUGGUCUUCCUGUCACCGCCGUGGGGAGGGCCAGACUACCUGACUGCGGAGGUGUUUGACAUCAAGACCAUGAUGGAGCCUGAUGGAUUUGAGAUUUUCCAGCUGGCCACGCUGAUAUCAGACAACAUAGUGUACUUUCUGCCUCGCAAUGCUGACAUGGAUCAGAUAGCCUCUCUGGCUGGUCCAGGAGGGAAGGUGGAGGUGGAGCAGAACUUCCUCAACAACAAGCUGAAGACUGUGACUGCUUACUUUGGCGUCUUAAUGAAGUCAGACAACUAGGGCCUACUGGACUCCAUUCACAUCGCCUUUCUAUUCCCUCCAGGGAUUCAUUCAAGUACUAAAAAGUACAACAAUUUAACUGCUUGUUAUUAAAGUGUUUUAGCAUUUAUAUUUUAUUGUUUUUUAUUGUAC